AAGCUGCUCCCUUUGCCACAUUAUAACUAGUAGGGGAUCUACACCAGCCAUGGCCACAGCUGCCUCUAAUCCCUACAGCAUUCUCAGUUCCAGCUCCUUAGUCCAUGCAGACUCCGCGGGCAUGCAGCAAGGGAGUCCUUUCAGAAACCCUCAGAAACUUCUCCAAAGUGACUACUUACAGGGAGUUCCUAGCAAUGGGCAUCCUCUCGGACACCACUGGGUGACCAGCCUCAGUGAUGGGACCCCGUGGUCCUCCACGCUAGCGACGAGCCCCCUCGACCAGCAAGACGUGAAGCCAGGAAGAGAAGAUCUCCAGCUUGGCGCAAUCAUCCAUCACAGGUCGCCUCAUGUGUCUCACCACUCGCCCCAUACAAAUCAUCCCAACGCAUGGGGAGCCAGUCCAGCUCAUAACUCAUCGAUAACCUCCAGUGGACAGCCUAUUAAUGUCUACUCGCAACCGGGCUUCACAGUCAGUGGCAUGUUGGACCAUGGGGGGCUAACACCACCUCCUGUCUCCGCCACUACCCAAAGCUUGCACCCAGUGCUGAGGGACACCGCAGAUCAUGGAGAUAUAGGCUCCCAUCACUGUCAGGAUCACUCUGACGAGGAGACGCCGACAUCAGAUGAGUUGGAACAGUUCGCAAAGCAGUUCAAACAAAGGAGAAUCAAGUUGGGAUUCACUCAAGCAGACGUUGGCUUAGCACUAGGGACUCUCUAUGGCAAUGUUUUCUCCCAGACUACUAUCUGCAGGUUUGAGGCUCUGCAGCUCAGCUUUAAGAACAUGUGCAAACUGAAGCCGCUGCUAAACAAGUGGCUGGAAGAGGCAGAUUCAUCUACCGGCAGCCCGACUAGUAUUGACAAAAUAGCAGCCCAAGGUAGGAAAAGAAAGAAGAGAACCUCGAUAGAGGUGAGUGUCAAAGGGGUUUUGGAAACUCAUUUUCUUAAAUGUCCCAAACCUGCAGCCCAAGAGAUCUCCUCCUUGGCAGACAGCCUGCAGUUAGAGAAAGAAGUGGUGCGUGUCUGGUUUUGUAAUAGAAGACAAAAAGAGAAAAGAAUGACUCCACCAGGGGAUCAGCAGCAGCAUGAGGUUUAUUCUCAUAACGUGAAAACAGACACAUCCUGCCAUGAUCUUUGACUAUAGGGCUCGGCUCGCAGACAGGACUGAGAACAGCGCGGAUUUUCUAAGAGGGUUUUAACUUAUGCUUAAAGAGGAAACAAAAACAAAUACUCGAAGACUUAGAGCACGGGGCCCCCUGCUCUUCCGCCUGGGCAAUAUUUUCUCUCAAACCUUUUCGCUGAUCAGUGCAUAUUGUUUACUAUCAAACAAGGUUUGUUUUCGGUUUCCACUAGGAAGAAAAAAAAAUAAAGACAGAUGUGUGCCUAUGAAUAACCUUCCAGCGCCUUGGUUAUAUCAGCUGUAUUUCAGGUGAAUCUGUUUUACAAUAGACUAGUUUUGCAUUUUUAAAGACUUAUAUAGCGUUUUUAAAUGGCUGAGGUGUUUUACUACAAACUGUACACAAUAUUUGUGGCAUAAUUUGUACCGAAUUGAUCAGUCAUCAUUCCCCUCCCCCCCCCCCGCUCCAUGCCACUGUUACUGUAGUGGGGAGAAGAGGUAAUUCCCUUCGCUUCCCUUCAUUCCCCCAAAUUCCAUACUAGAGGAGUGGGGUCCCCCUUCUGCACCCCAAAGGCAGAAAGCUGUGCCUCCUUUGACUGUAACACAGCUGACUGCCGCUUGCACGUUGUGAAGAAUAACAGACUGAUUUGUUGCAGCUUUUCCUUCUUUUCAAAUAACUUCCUAAAACCACGAAAUGGUUCAGAUUGAAAUUCUGAAAUAAAUCCCCCGAUUCCCUGUCACGCCUCCAAGGAGGGAAAAAAAGCGAUCUGAAAUUAAGCACUGUAGCUAAAAUAAAGGAUUUGUCCCUUCUUUUUUCUCUGAAAACGUGUUGGGCUUCUGAUCAGCAGCAGACUGCGAAGGUCUGUAGUAAAACACCUUAAUAAUUCUGCGCUUUGGCUUCAGAAAUCAGUUUCUCUGUAUUUUUGUUUCAGUAUUAAAGAGGGAUUCUGAGGUGUCUCAAUGAAUUUCGGGGAAAUGCCCGCCUUUGUUUCAUGCUGAGCUUAUUUUCGUCUCACAGGGAAAUGCUAGAUUUGUUGAAAAGCUUUUCAUUAAAAAAAUAAACAAACAAAAAAGGCAAGUGAAUAAAAAUGCUAAAAACGUGUAACCAUUUUUUCUGGCAUAUGAAGGAGCGGUGCUGUAUCCUCCCCUUCUUCCCAGCCCUCAGUGGAGAUGUACCGUGUGUGUGUGUACACAG